AUGUAUCGCUGGCUGAUUGCAGGCUUCGCCGGCGCGGCUGGAAACGUCGAGACGUGUGCAGGCACCGAUCCUUGGCUUCUCCAGCUGCAGCUGAGCUUGGACACUGAGCCUGGCACGGAGUUGCUUCGUAGGGCCGAGCCCUUGAAGUUCUUGCACAUACCGAAAUGCGGCACGUCGUUCUUGAACGCUCUCAUCCACCUACCGGGAGUUUGUCCUGAAGUGGACUUGGACUAUCGCGUGGACGAGGAUUAUUUGUCCAAGUCCUUUGAGCGAGACUUCUGGCACCAGUGCCCCAAGGUUUGUGAUGAGAGCAAGUUCACCUGCAACUCUGCACAUAAUACCCACGAGGGCCUCGGUGUCAACUUCGAGACCUACAAAGGCCACCUGGUGACGAUGCUGCGGCAGCCAGAGCAACGCAUCCUCUCCGCCUACCACGACACACGCUGGGAUCAUGGGGCCUCGCGCUUCGCCAACGCGUCCUCUUACGCCAAAGCCGUGCAAGGGCUGAUGACGUGCCAACUCAUGGGCAACAAGUCGGUGGAUCCAAUGCCCAAGUGCGAGGUGACCGAGGCGGAUGCUCAUGCAGCAGCUCGACGCCUGCGAGAGGGCUUCGUGUUCGUUGGGAUCCUCGAGGAGUGGGACCUCUCCAUGUGCCUUUUGCACCAGAUGCUGGGAGGUCCUUGCCUGUACUCCGACUUCGAAGACGAUCGACCGAGCAACUCCAGCAGUCCUGACUCCUCCUACGACGUCACGGAACUGGAGGGCUUUCGGGACGUGUUGGACCGUCUCGUGUACGAUGAAGCACGGAAGAUCUUCCAGGAGAAGCUGGUGGCCUACAACGUCACGGCGGAGUCCUGCGCCGUGUGCCGAAUGGAGGCCAUAGCCACAGGACGCCUGGAGCAGCUCCAUUCAGGCGACAAAGUGCGAAGGGGUGCAAGUGAAGGCGUGGCCGGCCAUGCACCCUUGGCACUGCUGCUGUGGUUGAGCAUAUUUUCCUGCCGGGCGCACCAGCGGUGA